CAUUAUGCAGCCUGACCUUCAGCUUUUCUCACCCAACAGAGGACCUGAGUGAAGACACCCUGAGGUGGGGGGCGCAGCCGGCUGGAAGGAAUACAGACGGUGGAGAAUCAGGACGAAUAAAACCAGUCUUCAGUCGGAACGCAAACAUGGAAACCUACCCGUGGGCUUUAAACUCUGCGGAGCUGAACGAGGAGCUGCUGGCCAGCCUGCGGCGUUUCCUGACGCUUUAUGACCAGCGCCGCAACGUUUUCCGGGAGGCGGCGGAGUGUCUGAGGCGAGGCGGGGGAAGCGAGCGGCGAGCUGCCACUGACAGUCUGGCCGUGGCCCUGCUGGGUCUGCUGCGAGGGCCCCUCGGCGCCACCGUCGGGGGCGUCUCCGGAGGACUGUGGGGGGUUACCGGAGCGGUCGGAGCGGCGGCUUACAGCAGGAUGUACGGGCACGUCAACGUGAUGGAGGCGUCGAUCGGCUUCCUGGGCGGGGCGUUCGGGGGGCUGGUCGGCGGAGCGCUGUCCGGCUCCGUCGCAGGCGAGGCGGAAGUUACUUUCGUGGCAUCGGGCAGGAGGUUUGGUGGCGUGGCGAGCACUGUGCUGUGGAUUUCUCUUGGCUCCGUCAGCGGCGGCACCAUCGGGAGUAUCUACGGUGGAUCGAUCGGCGCGGCGGGCGGAGCGCUCGGCGGAGGACUCGGCGCCCUGCACGCCAGGGCCCUUGUGAUUUACAUGAUGAGUAAUUCCAUCAAUCGCCCUUCUGAGGGAAAAGGCUCGAGUGACACGGUGGAGACGUUGCAGACCAGCGUCAAACCGCUGGUGGAGGAGCUGCUGGCCAUCCAGAAGGUCCUCGCUCAGAUGAAGUUCAGCUACAUGACAGUCGACAUCACUGAACAAACCGCCAAGACUCUGGCUGCUCUCCGCUCGCUGGAGGAGGCUCUCAGCGGCUGUCAGGAGGCUGCAGAUCCGCCCAGGAGCGCCCCCUGCUGGCAGGACGGAGCCAAACUCUGCAGUGAAGCCCUGGAAGAGCUGAAGAAGAUGAAGGCGGAGGUGGACAAAAUACUGGAGAUGUUUCAGUGAAGGAGAAGCUGAAGGUGGAGAAGUUACGCCAGUGGAAGUUAUUGGAAUUAGAAUAACGUGUCGCUUUAAAAUGUCUGAUUUACAUCAAUCAGCAUUCAUCAAGCGGUGAAAAGUUGCUAAAUUGACUCGUUUCUGUCUGUCUUGUCAGUGAUUUCAGGCUCCUUGACUCCUCGUCUCCUGCCUGCUUGGUUCGUCUUCUCUUUCCGUCGCUCGGCCUUUUAGUGUUUUUCUGGAUUUGGGUCAUUUGGAUGUUGUGGUUUUUCGAUUCUUGCUGUUCUUUCGUUGAGUAUCAAUCGCCUCAGCAGCUGUGUUUUGUGAAUCGAAUCCUCCUUUCAGUGAACCGUCUCAUAUAUUCUGAAUUUUCCGAACUGUGGAAAAUUUAGAAUAUUUCACUUCUUUAUCUUGAAACUCGUUUGACUCUCAAGAAACAUGAAAACACGGAGUUCACCAGUCGUUAUCUGAUCAGGAUAAUUGAGUUCAUUUCAAACUGAUCAAUGAUCUGCAGAGUGCAAAGGUCACAAACACACACACACACACACACAGCCUGUUCCUGAAUCUGUUCAGUGUUAUUUUUGCUCUUAAUCAUUCAAAAAUGUCAAUCUGCUGCAGUUCCUGACACCUCUUUAUUCUUUAUUCUGUAACUUUAUGUAAUUUAAUGUGUUUUAAUGAGAUCGACUGUUGGAAUAAAUCUGUCUGUCCUGGAA